UCAUUGCGUGCGCGCGUACCGUGCAUACAUAUACUCCAAGUCAUUGUCGAGCCCCCAGUUGCCGCCCUCACCGGUUGCCUUAGUUUUCCAUCUCGUGCGGGUGCCGCUCCCCGGCCCUUUCGUCUCCAAGCACAGAAACCAGCGUGAAAUUAGUAACGCACGGAACCCAAGCAAGGCGCUAGCUAGCUGACGAAGCUGGCACACAGCCAUUAGCAAGCCAUGAGCUCCAAGAAUCUUAAGCAGCACCAGCAGCAGCAUGUGGUGCCCAUGGUGGUGGCAGGCAUGGACAUGGGCGGCCCUUUCCCCGUCAGGACCAAGCUCUUUCUCUGGGCCGCCUUCGGCUUCACGCUCGGCAUCGUGGCGACCGUGUCCCUCAUGGGCUCCUCCUACACGACGUCGUCCAUCGCCGCACUUCAUGGAGGAGCCGUCAGGCUCUUCUUCCCGUCCUCCGCCGCGGCGAACCUGUCCGCCGGCGUUGAUCAAGUUCCGAAGUCGCCACCACGCCCACAGCCGCAAAGGGGGCCGAUACCGGCAAUGAUCCGGCCUCAGUCGGAGCCGCCGGUGGACACGGGCAUUAGCACCACCCCUCCACCACCGGCUGUCAGUGAGGAAGCAGGGCCGGGGGGGACUGGUGUCUGCAACGACGAGGAGUUGAUGGCGCUGGCGGCGUCGGCGCCGAGGGAGACGGCGGCCGGCGCGACCCCGAAGGUGGCGUUCCUAUUCCUGACGCGGUGGGACCUUCCGAUGGCGCCGCUGUGGGAAAAAUUCUUCGAGGGCCACAGCGGGCUCUACUCCGUCUACGUGCACUCCGACCCGGCGUUCAACGGCUCCGAGCCGGAGGAGGGCUCCGCCUUCUUCCGACGAAGAAUCCCGAGCAAGGAGGUGAAAUGGGGCCACGUCAGCAUGGUGGAGGCGGAGCGUCGCCUCCUAGCGCACGCGCUCCUGGACGACCACUCCAACGCCCGCUUCGUCCUCCUGUCGGAGUCGCACGUCCCGCUCUUCGACUUUCCCACAGUCUACUCCUACCUCAUCCACUCCACCAAGGUGUACCUUGAGUCCUACGACGAGCCCGGCGUGACAGGGCGCGGCCGUUACAAGCGCGGCAUGAGCCCCGUCGUGACUGCCGAGCAGUGGCGCAAGGGCUCCCAGUGGUUUGAGCUGGAUCGGGGUCUCGCGGCCGACGUUGUCAACGACGGCGUCUACUUCCCGGUCUUCAAGCGCUUCUGCAGGCGCAACUGCUACGCCGACGAGCACUACCUGCCGACGUUCCUCAACAUGCGACGGCCCUCGGCCGGUGCCAACCGGAGCCUGACGUGGGUUGACUGGUCCCACGGUGGCCCGCACCCGGCGCGGUUCACGAGGAUGGAGGUCACCGUCAAGUUCUUGCGGUGGCUGAGGAGCAGCAGCACGUGCACUUACAAUGGCAGGGCGACCAGAGUCUGCUUCCUCUUCGCCAGGAAAUUUUUGCCGAACUCGCUCACGCGGUUCUUGAGAUUCGCGCCCGAAGUGAUGGGCUUCGGGUAAACGAUGGGGUGGAGGACAUUAAUUGAGGUUCAUUUUUUAGAGGAUACAUCAGCACAUUUUUUUUUAUUUAUAUAUAGUUACACUGAUAUUCCUGUUCAGUUCAGCAGCUCUGUACGCAGUAUACAUGUAAAGGGCAUGGAUUUUCUUGUUCUUUAGUUCCUUCUUCUUUUGAAAUCUUCUUUUGUAAUAACCAAUAAGUGUAAAGAGCAUCAGAAAGAAAAUAACGCACGAAAAGCUCAUCAUUGUCA